AUGGCAACAAAACGGAACUUGAGAGUUGCGACAUUUACGGCGAUUUUGUUGUUUCUCGUAUACCUCGUUUUACAGAAUGUAGCGACCGUGACAACGAUAUCCGAGCAAGUGGAACCUGGGAAGCACGAUGGCAAGCCAGCGGGCUCUCUGGCAGGAUCCCUCGCGAGUGUACCGAACGGACAAGACCCACAGGUUGAUUCGGAGAUAGAAGCUAUUCGGCAGGAGACUGGAGCGCUGGGGACUUCUGGAGGCGCCAAAGGCUCGUCGCCCUCCUCUGGAACUUCCGGGGGUGCCAUGGCCACUAAACCCUUCGACGUAUCCGUUGAGUACGCGCUGAUCCUGAAGAACUCUCCCAUGAUCAUUUUUUCGAAGAGCAUGUGUCCCUUCAGCAAACGGCUCAAAGACCUACUUGCACAAGAAUUCGAGUUCACGCCCGAAUACCGAGUCGUCGAGCUGGACAAGCACACGCAUGGCCGUGAAUUACAAGACUACAUUGCCAGCAAGACGGGUCGUGCUACGGUGCCCAACGUGAUCAUCAACGGUCAAUCGCGCGGUGGGUUCGAUGAUUUGGAUGCUUUACACGCGCGUGACGCGUUACUCGAAUCUCUGCGCGCCUGGAGCGACAAAACUAUGACUAUCACUAAGAAGGAAAAGCCUUCUAACAAUUAG